CGUUCGCAGCCGCAGGAUGGAGGGCGCCGGGGCCCGCUGCGCCUCUGGAGGAAGCCGUGAUGCUGACAUUGUCUGCGAAAAACGCUUGUUUAAAGGCAAACUGCCAGAGCCUCUCUUUCAGCUGGCAUGCAGUCACCACCACUGUGCUUUCCCUGUGAGUCGCAAUGAGUUGUGCGUCUGGAACACAGCCACUGCUAAGCCAUUAUAUUUGUCAGGGCAUCAUGACUCAGUUUCUGCAUUGUCAUUUGGAAGUAAAAUUAAUCCGCUUCUUGUCUGCUCUGCCUCUCAUGAACGUGUGAUAGUGUGGAAUCUUGAUGAAUGUACGCAGAAAGUGCAAGAAGGGUUUACACCUCGAGGAAUUGUUACAGGAACUCUUUUGGGAAUGGUGCUUCAUAUAAGAUUUAGUCCAGAUGAUCAACAAGUGGCAGUAUGUGCUGGAAAUCAGAUCUACAUGUUAAGUGCAAAGAGUGAAGCUAUACUAGCUGAAUUGGAUGGACACCUGGCUCCGGUGACUGCUGCUGAGUUUUGCACAUGGGAGAAAAGUAUUCUCAUAUCAGUGUCAGAAGACAGAACCUUUAAAGUGUGGGACUAUUCUACCAGUCAGUUAAUAUAUCAGUCAGGAAUAAUAACAGCAGCAUUUCCUUUGCUAAGUCUGCUAAUUGAUGAAGAAAACAAACAGAUUAUCACUGGAUGUGCUGAGGGACAGCUUUGGAUCUUCAGUUUAAUCAGUGAUCAUAAUUACCGUUGCGUAGCACAUAUCGACUUAAAGAAAGAGCAAGAGAAAUUCUGUAAUAAAGUGUGGAAAUCUGGCAAAGAGAUCGGUGAAGGGCAAAAUAAUUCCAAGCUUUGCAAAACUGACAAGAUGAGACCAGAAGGAUUAGUGGAAACAUCAUUGCCUAUCCUCUUAAAUGAGCAUUGUGACUUUUUUGUAUGUUUCCAUAAUGAAGAAAAUACAUAUUCUUCCCAGAAUACUGGCUAUUUUUGGAUAGGAACCUCUACUGGCUUGUCAAUAAUUAAUUUGGCAAACUUUGAAUUAGAAGCUCUUUUAUCUUACAGAGAUUACAGUGAUCUCAGCAUUUGGAUUGCCAUAUCAUGUGCAUUAACAAGGAAGGCAGUUAAUGGAAAGGUUUUAUGCUUGAUUGCCUCGAUGUUUGAAGAUAUGAUUGCUGUGUUGGAAGUUAACCUUCCUGAAUUGGUAAGAGCUCAGCACAGUGAUUUUUUUCCAUGUGGAAAUGAGAAAAGUCUAUCAGUUAUUGCCAGAUAUAGAAUUAUUACAAAUUCUUCAUUGUGUAAAGGUUUAAAGAAGAACAUGAAAGAACCUUCUAGUAAAACACUUGUACUAAAGAACACAGUGAAGGAUAAACCUUUGGUUUUCCAUAAUAAAAUUAAGUCAUCAGGAUAUACAGUAGCACCAAGAAUGGCCAUGUUUUCUCCAAAUACUAACCUGAAAAAAAAAGAGGCAUCUAAGUGGAAGACCAGUUGUAAAUGCAAAAAUAAAGAAUAUCCAUUGGAAAGUUAUCCUCCAAUCAAAUAUGAGAAAGAGAUAUCUGUUACUUGUAAACCAACCCCAAUUUUUUGUCUUCUAUAUUCUGGGGAUGGAGAGCUGUUGGCUUGUGGCCAGGCUGACAAAAGUCUGCUGAUAUUCAAUUCCAAUCUCGCUGAUGUACAUGAUGUUUUUUCAGGUCAUGAUGGUGCAGUUAACUCUGUUGACUGGAGUCAUGACAGGAAGUGGUUAGUUUCUGCAUCAGAAGACAGAACUUUAAGGGUCUGGUCAGUCUGCAAUAAGGAACCUGCCCUAAUUCUGGGUAAAGAGAAGUUCCAUAAGACUGUACACUUUGCACAGUUUUAUUUUAUAGAUACAUUUCUAUUGCUGUGUUGUGGAGCUGAAUUUCAUCUAUUAAGUUUCCAUCUAGACACAACCAAGGAUGACCUAAAACGGUACAAACAGAAGAGUGUUUCCAAAUUGGUACAGAAAUUUCCCAUGACUUCAGCAAUGGCAAUUACCAGCCUUUCAGCAGUAAAUGAGUUCUAUUCUUAUAUUGUACUUACAGCUGGCAGCAACCGAGCAUUGGAAGUUUUUGACCUCAAUAAAGGCUGCAGCACAGCAGUGAUACAUGAAGCUCAUGUUAGAUCAGUCCAUCAGAUCUGCCAAAAUAAGGGAUCAUCCUUCAGCACUCAGCAACCUGAAGCUUACAACCUUUUCCUGACCACAGCUGCAGGUGAUGGCAUCAAACUGUGGGAUUUAAGAACACUGAGGUGUGAACGUCGUUUUGAAGGGCACAGUAGCCACUGCUACCCAUGUGGAAUUGCAGUAUCUCCCUGUGGAUGCUUUAUAGCCAGUGGAUCAGAUGACAAAUACGCUUACGUGUAUGAAAUGCGUUCAAGCACUUUUUUAUGUAAACUGGGGAGACACACAGAAUCUGUAAUCAAUGUUAGUUUUAAUCCCUCAUCUCCACAGAAUUCUACACAUUUUUUAAGGAUGUAUUUCUUUUGGACAAGCACUAGGAAAUUUUCUAUACCUCCAGCAGAUGAGCCAGAGAGUUUGCAACAAGCUCACCACAGCCACCUUGGAUGGCAAACUCCGAUUGUUUCUACCCUGAUACUCGCCAACCUGUGAAGCUUUGGCCAUGGUACUCUGAGAAUAAUGACUUGCUGAGAGAAAGGAGACUGGUAACUGGCCAGAAGCAAGUAGCAUAAUACUCCCUUUUAAACUACAGUUUUCUUCUGAUAUUAUUUUCAGGAAGUUCCUCAAGCUGUUCUCAAAGUUUUUCUGCUGUACAGUCUGUUUCCUUUAUUGCAAAAAUAAGGAUGAAAGAUCACGAAAAGGGGGAGACUACUCAUUCUGACUUCAUUGUAGCAAAUCACCACAGAAGUGGCUUUCAAAGGUCUCCUUGUGUUCUUAUAGUUAGGUGCAUUUUGAAGUGCUUUGCUAGACUUUAGUCUAGACUGAAAAUUCAAGUAAAAUAACAAGCGCUCCAUUUUUAAAGCUAGAUCUGUUUGUGACAAAUUUUUAAAUUAGUCUGAAAGAAAGAAGGAUUGUAUGUCUUUCUGAAAUGCCAUGAAAGUCCUUCUGCUAUACUUUGGUGUUACUGGAAUCAGCAUGAAUGUUGUUUGACAUUAGAAUUUUGCCGUUAUACUAUUUAUACCACAUUUUGUAAAUUUCUUAGGGAACGUGUGACAAGUGUCUUCUCUUUAAAAGAAACUAUUUCUGUCUUUUAAAUAUCUGUUAAAUAUUUUCAAAAAUGUUAAAAUAAUUUAAA